AUGGCUGCGGGCGGGCUGAUGGGCGUCUUCGUCUUGGUCUCGCCGCUGGCGCCCGGCUUACACGUAUCGGUGGGUAUUCUCGUCGCCACUGUUGCUUCGAUGCAGCCAAUCUGUGGUGUUCUUAACCUUUCAGUAAUCUUCCUGCAAUCGGUGACUUCAAAUAGCUACAUAUGUACUUCGGUUCUGCACCACGUGACUAGUCGAUGUCAGCCCAAAAGGAGCGGGCGUAUCACCCUCCUAGCUGCUCAGUUUGCCGUGAGGCCACUCGUACAAACAAUGGAGUCGCGCCGUCAGCUGUUGCUCGCCGCUCUGAUGCUGUCAACAGUCGCAUGCGCCGUGGGCGACUGGCCGCGGUGUGCAUCACCGGACGGCACCAUCGUCAGCUUCCACGUGGACGGCUGCAGCCAACCCGACACUUGCAUUCUGAAGAAAGGUACCCAGGCCAACGUGACCAUCGUCUUCAAUUCCAACGUCACCAGCAAUGGCGUCAAAGUCAAGGUGCACGGCUUAAUCCACAAGGUACCCCUUCCAUUCCCGCUACCACAGUCCGACGCCUGUCAGAGCGGUGUGGUGUGCCCAAUCAAGGCAGGGGCCAGCUACACCUAUCGCGGCUCUUUUCCCGUCAGGGAAUCGUACCCGUCCAUCUCGCUCGACGUCAAAUGGGAGCUGGUCGACGACAACGGCAGUGACCUCACCUGCCAGCUGAUUCCCGUUGAGAUCGAGAGCUGAACAUUUCUGUCUAAACGACGAAGCUGUUCGACAGCGUCACUCUUCAAAGGACCCUGUUCGCGAAUGAAAGCAAUUAAAAACUUUAAUUCGCCGAGUGUCA